UACGUUCUCGUUUGUUUAUGAAUUCAUCGCUAAAAAUAGAACUGCAAAUUUAAAAAAAUAUUGGUGCUGGACUAAAAUUUGUGUUGGGUUAGUACUACAACUUUAAAAGUUUCAUAAACAACAGAUGUGAGCUAUGUAAAUUAGUUGGUGAUAGUUGAAAAGAACAGUUUACUUGACGGCAAAACGAAAACGGAACCCCAGAUCGACAGAGAUGAGUACCCGCCCCAGCCCAGCUCCGAUCAAACGCUCUUUCGAUGGUCUAUUUAACGCCUGGCUGUUGUUGCGCAGUCAAGGACACGAGAAGCCUCUACGCAAUGCACUGUACAACAUGAUGAUGUUCGCCGUGGUAGCAGUAGUCAUCGGAGUCACCCUGGUGUUGGCACCGUUUUUCAAACCACUUCUAUGGGCUUUCCUGUUCGGGGCAGUUUUAUUUCCGGCAAAGAAACGGAUCGCCGAAGCGCUGAACCAGUGGAUCGAACGCAUUGAGAGGGACGAGCGGUACCUGGUGGUGGGGAUUCUGGGGGCACCUGUGCAAGGUAUCAACUCGCUGGGCGAGUUUCUGACCAAAUGGUUAAUGAGUCACUUCAAAGUAAUCGGUAUUGGCUGCGGGAGUCUUAUUUCACUGCGAAUAGUCCUUUGGCUAGCACCAACCGAAGUGUUCAUUACAAUUUGGAAUUUUAUCGUUUGGAAUCAUUCUCUUUUCCGAACGGUGCUUAGCUCUCUGACGUUGCACAUGCUUGUAAUCAUUUUAGCCUUGUACGUAGCGAGCGUCUACUUACUGUGGGUACCAGAACUGUCAACGCCAUUCCUCGUCGUUGGACAAAUGCUGUGGGUUUUAAUAGUCGGCUAUGGUUGUAGUUUCCUGGGUGCCUUGCAGGUUCCGAUGUUCCUUGGAUUGCUAACCUAUGGCGUGAUUGGUCUAGUCUAUAAUCUCCAGCGAGACGACAAAAACGUUCGUUUCAUUGACAAAUGGCAUUGCUUGUUGGACGUGACAAGCUACCGGUUGGACGAUAGCAAAAUCGACCCGGUGAUUGCUAAAUCGCCAGCAGAUGAAACAGGAUAUACCUCGUGUAUCGAGGAAAUCAAAUCGAAGCUUAAGUUGGAUGUAACGACCACUCCUCGACUGUCAAGUACGAUGAAUGAUUCGAAAUGCAGCACCAACGAUACACCCGAAAAAACGCAAGAAUCUUUGGAGAGUGAUUUAUAUUUUAGAAUACUAUUUUAUACCUGCGUAGGAACGCUGAUAUGGAUGCACACGUGGAUUCUGUUCCUGGGUAUCAUACCGAUCAGUUUGCAUCUUAUUAAAAAGGUGGCAGAAAUUCUAGGUAUAGUUCAGUACUUUUCACAAAAAUUGCAGCAAUACUGGGAGUUGUUGAAGCUGUGGCUUUUUCCGCGGCAUUCGGCCUUACUACCGCUCUGUUUACCGGGCAUUCUGCGGGUAAACACCAAUAUCCACUGGUAUGUUUGUGCCAAGAUUCGAUCCUACAUAGACGACAUCAGCUCGAUCGUGAUGAUAGGAUUCCUAAGCGUGCUAGUCAUGCUCAUCAGUAUACUCGCGUUCACGCAAAUUUACUCGGAAACGAUAGCGGUAGCGCAGCUUGGCAGUAAUCUCGUCAAUCGCACCCUAACGCACCGACCGGACCUAAUCGAAAUGUUGCCGAUUGACAUGCAAUCGAUGGACAACAUCAUUGAUAACGCGUACAAAUACGGCCGGUCACACAUCGAACAGUACGUGGAUGACAUUUUCAACGACACCGAUCCCACGCAGGCCAAAAAGCUUAAGAUUCAAAUUUUGAGCGUCUGGGAUCGGUUAAUCCAAAGUUGGAUGGACCGAAAUAAUGGCGACAAUUUGGUAGGACCACGUGUCAACAGUCAGUCGAUUCGGGUGACGAUCGACGAGAUAUUUAUCAACCCGAUCACUAAAGCAGGCAUCAUCGGGUUUGUCAAAAGUAACAUCGGGAUGCUUCUGGAAGUCUCCGAUUCGCUCUGGAUGCUUUUGAGAACCAACGUGACACUUUUGGUGUCAGCAAUAGGAACAUUGGUUUCGGUGAUCCUAGGCGGUGGCCACGCCGUACUAAAGUUCCUAUUUCAUACCAUCAUAUUCUUCACAACACUGUUCUACUUGCUGCAAAGCAGCCAGGCACGGUACGCGCCCUCAGCUAUAACGUUCAACAACUCAUGGGGUCCUCGGAUCAUCCAAGCACUGGAGGAUUCAAUCUCAAGCGUGGUUGUCGCCACACUUAAAUUGGCGCUUUUCCACGGAUUAUUCACGUGGCUCACUCACACGAUCUUUGGCGCACAUAUCGUCUAUCUACCGGCGGUGCUGGCAUCGAUCCUGGCAGCUGCUCCGUUUCUGGAAACCUACUGGUGCAGCGUUCCAGCAUUUCUGGACCUUUGGCUCUCUCAGGAUCGUUUCUGGCUGGGAGUAGUACUCGUGUUGAUUCAUUUUAUCGUACCCUCGAAUUUCAAUCCAAUCAUACACUCAGAAAUUAAGGGCGGUGGUCACCCGUAUCUGACCGGUCUGUCGAUUGCCGGUGGAAUGUACCUUUUCGGGCUAGAAGGUGCACUACUAGGGCCACUCUUGCUGUGUUUGCUCGUUGUGCUCUUUGAAGUUACCAUGAGCGCUAUCAGGGAUUCUCCAGUAACCCCGCAAACCAGAAAGUCCAGCUUAGACACAAACAAUGAGCUUUAUUCACCUGCAACUACUUUAUCUAAAGAAUGGCAAGCAUUUAUCCGAGGGGAACAACAAUUAUCGCUACGGUACUUUUCCGGAGAUGAUGGAUGCGCCCCCUGUCGGAGCAACUACCACAGUAAACUACACGAUGAUGACUCAACAGGUGACAGCACCAGCAGUAGCAACACGACACCCGUAGACGAACUACAUACAUUGUUGGAAAAGAAAUGGACAGGUGCUUGAUAGAAUACUGCAAACUCGAAUAGUGUCUACUUGACCUCAGCAAAAUGAUUGGAAAUGUAAAAAAGAAGAAUUUCGAUAUCUCUUGUUUUUGGUAGCACCUCUCUCGAAAACACGUGUUGUAUUAUAAAACUGGCUGUGUAGUGUUGGUUAUACAUAACACAAUCGCACUUUUUUUUUUUCUUAUUUUUAGUGUAUAUAUUUUUAUAUUGGAAACAAAUAUAUUUUUGAAAGUUGU